GUAACCUAGAUCUUGGUCACACCAAAUAACCGAGUCAGCUGAAAAAAAAAACAGAUGCGGCGCCUGGUACGAAGUUGGAAUGACCGAUUGUUACUCAAUGCCGGUUACGGGAAAUAUAUCGCCAGACAUGCGGGCAGCCAGCAACAGAUCAAAACCAACAAGGAACAUGUGGGCGACGCAGAGAGCAAUGGACACGGGGCAAAGCACUGCAUGAACCUGGUUAAAAAAUACGACUACGAAAAUUAUCUGAGUACACUGCUGCUUCCCCGUGAGUUGCGACGAGCAGCCUUUGCUCUACGGGCUUUUAACGUAGAGAUUUCCAGAUCAGUCAGCGGAAAAACCAUUGAACCGCAAAUAGGAAAAUUGCGUCUCAAGUUCUGGUAUGACUCCAUUAACAAGUGCUUUGAAGAGGACUCCCAAGGCUCCUACAUAAAGGACCAACCCGUGUUACGCGAGCUGAAGAACACAGUCGGCACCCGAAAGCUAAGCAGGAUCUACCUGCGGCGUCUGGUUACAGCUAGAGAACGCCCUGUCAACAAAGCCUUUGAAUCCCUGAAGGAACUGGAAGAGUAUGCCGAACAAGCCUUCUCCUCACUGCUGCACUUGCUGGUGGAAGUGAGCGAAGUGCGCGACGUACAGGUUGACCAUGCAGCCUCCCAUUUGGGCAAGGCGCAGGGCAUCGCCACUCUUUUGCGGGCCGUUCCCCUUGCUGGUCGAAAACAGGUUGUUUGUGUGCCGAUAGAGGUACUCAUUCGGCACGGCGUCAGUCAGGAGCGAAUCAUCCGUGGCGAGAGUGGAGAUAAGGGUGUGGAGGAGUGUAUCUUCGAGGUGGCUAGUGCUGCGAAUACGCAUCUUACCUUGGCGCGGCAGUUGCAUGAUCAGGUCCCGCGGCUGGUGCGAAAGAUAUUUCUCUCCGCUGUUUCUACAGAAGGCUAUCUGGAGCGUUUACGGCGCGCCAAUUUCCAAUUGACCCACAAAAGCUGCGUUGGACGGGACUCCAUGCUGCCGGCUCGACUCUUGUGGAAAUCACUCUUUAAUCGGUUCUAAUGUCAACUUUGUUUCUUUAUUCAACUUUAUUUCAACUUUAGUAUCAGUUUUAAUAGAAGUGAUCUAUUCACUUCAGAAAAUAAAUCAGUUAAAAUUACUCUUGGUCCUAAGAUGGAACUUGCUUCCCUUUCAGGUAAUUAAACCACAAUUUAAUUGCGGAAA